CGCAAACGGUCACACCUGGGCUAACGUUUAUAGCAAUUUGUUGUUUUUUGUUUAAUCGUAUUUUGUUUAAAUUGGUCAGAGCGCACAAAGCAGUUUUAAGUGAAAUAUGAAUGUCUUAAUCCGAUCCACCUUCCUCCUGCUCACACUGGCUAUAUGCGGCAGCUGGGCCAUUCGGUGCUACCAGUGCUCCUCGGACCAGGAUCGCAAAGGAUAUGACAGCUGUGGAGCCUACAAGCGAUUCAACAGCACGGAGCACAUCGCGAUCGAGUGCAACAGCGACGAGAGCCACAUGCCAGGAUCCUUCUGCAUGAAGGUGGUGCAGCAGGGACCCCGAGGAUUUAUCUGGGACGGUCGUUGGCGUCAGGUCAUCCGAAGAUGCUCAUCCGUUUCUGAUACCGGAGUUACUGGUGUGUGCAAUUGGGGCGUCUACGAGAACGGCGUUUACUGGGAAGAGUGCUACUGCUCCAGCGAUAGUUGCAAUGGCGCCAGCCUGAUCCAAAUGCACGGGUCCCUGCAGCUACUGUUAGGCUUCCUGCUGAUCGGCGCUGCCUCCAGGAUCCUUAGAAGCUAAGAGGGGAACCAGGCUUACUCUCGCCACCAAAAACAGACUAAAAGUGCCUUUUCACACCUCUCUUUUUACUAAUAUCUAAGCUGCGAAUGACCUUUCAUAACAGAAACCGAUUCCGUCCACCUUUACAUGUCUAAAAUUAAGUCAAAAAGUUGUACGAUAAGUUAUAAAGGGCAACUUUGCGGUAGGUCAAUAUGUAGACCUCAGAUUUUAACAAGUUAAAAUAACAUAAAAGCAAAGUAGUCUGUGGUUUGUAAAAUGUUGUUUAAAUAAUGUAAAAACGAGUGUUUUCAUCCGACAUUCCUGUAGUUUUAUUGCACAUAAAACGUAAAGUCUCGUCCAAGAAAAUUAACAAUUUAAAACCAACCGAACCAUUCAUAAAGUCUGAUAAAAAAGUACUACAAAAACCUCUACAAACUCUUUAACACCUUCGGAAUUUUUCGAUAGUAUUUAAAAACGACGACCCAAAAGAAUUUCAGUUUGCGCAUACCAUUGUAUAUGAUUUACUUAAAAACAGGAGGAGGCUCUAAAACUAAAAUACAACUUUACCAUUAAGCCAUCUUUUCCCAGAGGUUAUUUAUUUUGCUUUUAUAAUUAUUCACAACAGAAAUGUAACUUUCAUAUCAAAACACAAUUGUACACAUCAAAACGAUAGAUAAACACCGACAAUCAAAAUAUGCAUAUGAUAA